UGUGGAUCGGUUUACCUCUAGCAUUACGAUUAAUAAAAAUUCCAUUCACGGCGAUGUCAAUAUGGUCGCCCCGGGCGGUGUUCGUAUUGGAACUCCUGCAUUAACAUCGCGAAGUUUCAAGGAAGAAGAUUUUCUCAAGGUUGCCGAAUUCCUACAUCGUGCAGUCCAAAUCGCUCUUAGGGUGCAGGAAAAGGCUGGUAGUAAGAUGAUGAAAGACUUUGUAAUGGCAUGCCAGGAUGUUGAAGAAAUUUCAACUCUAAAAAAUGAAGUAGAAGUUUUCGCCACCGGAUUCCCUAUGCCAGGUUUUGACCCUAGUAAUCUUACACCCACAGAGGCUUGA